AAGCCCCCAAACACCUCACCAACCCACCAUCCCAACCCAAAGUGGAGAGCGACAAUGUCUUUUUCGCAGCUCGGAUACCCUUACAACACAUCUUCCCAGAUUUUCGUGUCAGCCACCUCUAGCACGACUUGCUGUGACUCCGGGGCCAGAUCCGUGUCCGAUGUUCACUCGGGAUCUUCCUCUCAAACGGCGACCCUCUGCUGCCCCUCCUACGAGAACAGGCUGCUGGCUGGCUCUAGAACGGAUCUCAAUGCGGCGCUGGGGAUGUACGGGUCGCCUUACGCCGCGGCCGGCCAAAGUUACGCCAAUUACCUCCCUUACGGCGCGGAUCCGUCCACUUUGUACACCACGUUGAACUCCCAGUACGACAUCAAGGACGGCUCCUCCACUUUGCAUGCGGGGAUUGCACAACCCACCGCCACCGCCUACUACACCUACGAGCAUUCCUUUGGGCAGUACCAAUACGACAGGUAUGGAGCAGUGGAUUUCAGCAGUUCAGCGAGACGCAAGAAUGCCACCCGAGAGACCACAAGCACUUUGAAGACGUGGCUGUAUGAGCACCGGAAAAACCCAUACCCUACCAAAGGAGAGAAGAUCAUGCUGGCAAUCAUCACCAAGAUGACCCUCACCCAGGUCUCCACCUGGUUUGCCAAUGCUAGGAGGAGGCUCAAGAAAGAGAACAAGAUGACCUGGUCUCCAAAAAACAAAGCAGGAGAAGAACGGCGAGAGGAUUGCAGAAGGAAUAGGGAAGAUUGUGGCAGUGAGAAUGAAGGCAAAGAUCCCAAAAGAUGCAAAGAAGAAAAGGAACUACGGCUGAGUGAUCUGGAGGACUUGGACAAUGAGGAGACAGAAAUCCAUCUAGAAGUUGAGCCAAAGCACCUGCACCAAGAGGGCAGCUCCUUGGCCGAGACUGAGAAAAGCAACUGCACCUUGAGUUCACCCAGCCACUUCCAUGCCUUCCCCUGGGCCAAAAAUGACUCGGCAGUUACAGGGGACUUUCUUGGCCACAAGGGAGCCACCUUAGUUGGCAGCCUUGGAACUCAAGGACAAUCCUAUGAAGCCCCUGAGAAGCCCAGGAUCUGGUCUUUAGCUCACACAGCAGGGGCCAAUGUGAUUGUGGAGUCCACAACUGAUCUUGCUCAAAGAACAGAGAGACCUGACUGUUUGGUGCUCAGGGGAAGGCCACCUGAAGCUGGUGGACAAUGCAGUGAAGGGAAGCCAUUGGGCAAUCUCAUGAGAACACAGCCCAUUCAUGAGAAGACCUUAGAAGAUUUGGUGCAGCCAACCAAGAUCUUUAAGAAUUCAACCUUCAACCUGCAGUCCAUCUCUUUAAACUAUGCCUCCUAUCCCAUGCUGGGUGAGACUUGUCAGUAUUCAGCGGGAGCUGAAGGGUUUGGAAGGAGCCUGAGAGCCACUCAAGGAUCCCUAGAUCUGAGUGAAGUUUGUCUCAGUCAGCAUAAAGACAAACUGAGAACAGCUUUCAGGCCAGUGCUGAAGCAGUGAGAAAGGCUUAUCAAGUCAAACAUGGUGAAACUUCUUGACAUGGUUUGGAACUUGCAGGCUUUCAGAAGAAAGUGCCCAUCAUUCCCAGUGCAAAUUCUCUCUCUCCCUCUCCCUCCCUCCUUCUCUCUCCCACACACACACACCCUUCAAAGCAUGAACUGCAGAAACUACAGCUUCUCAUGCUAGUGAAAGAGAAGAGACAUUCUUAUAUAUGCACAACUCUCAAGGGACACCAGUGCAAGCCUAACUAGGAAAGCAGCUGUAGGGACUUGGACAUUAUAUGAACACAUCCCACACACUGGGUUUUGUUACCAGAUUAUGUAAUUGGACUCCUAUCAAUAUCAAGUAAGUUUCAACAUUCUGGAUUUCUGGGAGGCUUCAGCUUUUGCUGUGGACUCCAUUGUCUUCUGUAAAAUGCAAGCUAUCAAUUUUGUUACUGAAAGAUUGACCAAACUUUCUUUCUCAACAACCUAUAUGGGAUAUGAGGGCUUCCUUUCAUCCUCCUAGUCCUCCAUUCUUUCAAAAUCAAAACAAAAAUGACACUUAAAAAAACCCUUUUGUCUUUUUAUUUAUUUUUUGAAUAAGGACGUAUUUGUCAGCCAUGUUGUCUUGUACUCUGAAGGGGAUUCUUUAGUAGUGCAAAAAU